GUUUGGGGGCGUGUUCUGCUGAAGCUUUGGAGCUCAAGAGAGUUUAGAAAGCCCCUCAGUGUGUCAGUCAUAAAGCCACGACAGAGGAGGAAGGACCUGCAGAAGAGACAAAUGCUGUAAACUGACAGACUGGAUACAGUUUUCUUGUGAGGAGCUUACAUAAACAACAGCUUCAGUGAUGGAGACACCAUCUGUGCUGGUCUCUGCAGCAGUUUUGGCGCUGCUGCUCAUCCCGCUGUGGAGCACAGACGCUGCCACCUUUCAAGGCGCUUUCCCACACCCAAACAAAUACAGCCCAAACGACUCGGAAAGAUGCCAACAACCCGCCAUCACUGGACUAAUGUCCCGCGGGCCUGGACCUGUAACCUCCACAGACGAAGUGCUGGAGUCCAGUCAGGAGGCGCUGCACGUCACGGAGCGCCGCUACCUGCGGCUGGACUGGUGCAAGACGCAGCCGCUCAAGCAGACCAUCCAGGAGGAGGGCUGCCUGAGCCGCACCAUCAUCAACCGCUUCUGCUACGGACAGUGCAACUCCUUCUACAUCCCGAGGCAUAACUACCAGGACGGAGACGCGUUUCAGUCCUGCUCUGCCUGCAAACCCAAAACCUUCAGCACCGUCACCUACACCCUGUUCUGCCCGGGUCAGACACCCAACACCAGGAAGAAACGGAUCCAGCGCGUAAAGCAGUGCCGCUGCACGACAAUAGACACGGAUUAGAUGCGCAUCUAGAUCAGUAAUAUCCACUUCCACUGGAGGAAAGUGCAGCUUUGCAAAAAUAAGAAAAGGAAAGUGUAUUUUGCUUAAAGGACGUGAGAAUAAGGUGGGAACAGAAAGUUGGGGAACCUACCUGAGCCUUUUUUAGCAUUCUAAUGGAAAGAAGAUGCUCAUAUAAUAUAUAGGGUUUGUCGAUAUGGAGAAAAUAUCGCGGUAUUUUUGACCCAAUACCUCGAUAUCGAUAUUGCAAUGAUAUUGUAGGGUUGACUAUUUGGGCUUUUAGAAGAUAUUUACAGUGAGAUUUUUGAUAAAUAAUCAUCAGUAAUGUGGAUAUAAUGACUAAGUGGGUAAAGGCAAAUAACAGAACAGCUAGAGCAGUCUGGUAAGCUCA